AUGGAAACAGAAUAUAAUUCUAAAUAUUUUUUACAAUUGUUCCAGAGUUCUGAAGAAGUUUUGCCCUCAGAAAAAUUUUAUGAUGCUAUGAAUAUGCAAUCUGAUGACUUACAGGAUUAUGAUGAAACAUGUAGUAAAAUACAGGUAAGUAAAAAGGAAAAAGAAAUAAUACCAAUUUGUAAGAAAUAUCUAAGAUUUUUAUAUAAAUCCUCAUCAUGGAAUUUUCCAACCCCUGAAGACGUUUCCUGUAUUCUAUUAAAAUAUUGGGUAUACAGUAAUCUGGUUAGUAUUUUAGAUUCUGAUUAUGGUACUAUUGUUCAAGCUUUUGGCAAUCUCAAACUGAUAUGGAGUCGCAUUGUUGCUGAACAAUCAGAUAAUUCUCUCAAUAAUAAAUGUGAUCUUCAUUUUAAUGUACCUCAUCCGGUUCACUGGAAGUAUAGUAAGGAAUUGUAUGAAUAUUAUGUUGAUUAUACAAAUCUUAUUGCUAUGGCUGCAAGGGAUGAUUAUAAUAAUUGCACAUAUUAUAAUAAAAUUAAUGAAAAGCAAAAAAUAUUUGAUUACUUUGGUCAACUUUGUGCUUCAUAUCCAAAUGUAUGCCCUGAAAUCUAUGAGCAUUUUCAGUCCUAUAAUCCAAAAUUUGUAUUACCUGCAUUACCAUGUCAUAAACAAAUGAAUCAAUCAAAUGCUCUUAUUACAAAAUAUAAUCAUUCUACAGAAUAUGAUACUUCACAUCAAUUAGAAUCCGAACCAGGUCCUGGAGAUCGUGGCGACUUUUCUGGAUUGUCACAAAAUGAAGCCCAUCCUCAGAAUGCAGAGUCACCACCUGAAACAUCCAGGUUUGCAACAAAAGUUGGCCUUUCAUUUCUUGGGGCAGCUACAGUUUUAUCAACUUCCUCUAUGUUAUAUAAAUAUACACCCUUAGGUCCCUGGAUUCGUAAUCUCCGUGGAAUCAACAUAUAUAGUAUGAAUGACAAGAAUACGUUAUUACCUUAUACACAAGAAACAGGAGAUAUGUUUUUCCACAACUCAGAAAGCUAUGUUUCAUAUCAACCAAUGUAA